AUGAGCUACAACCUAACCCAUGUUGAUUCAUGUCCUGCUGGAGAUUGUGUCCUGCCUGUUGACGCCAACAUCUCCGUUUCAAGCUUGGGCGUCGGCAAUGAUGUCAGCGUGUACGUGUCUAUCGACCUGUAUCCGAUAUAUUCUGUCGCUGGGAUCAAUCCAGCUAUCUAUCACAGCAACACUCAGCUGAAGUACACAAUCAUCAGAGUAAUAUUCCCGUAUGGCUUCAAUGUAUCGAACUCCGUUGUCAACAUAUCAGGAGGAGGAAGGUUUGGAGAGGGGGUGACUGGACUCGAAGGAAUUACAAACCGAGCUGGCUUCAUCAAAAUUGCUCCAUCUUCUAAAGGGUCAUUGACCAUAGAGCCGGCGGUGACCGACAACGUCCUAGUAGGAACUUGGUUUGGCUCAUCUGACCCGUGCUCGAGCACUUCUUGCACGAACAUGUUUGAGAUGAUGACGUAUUCAGAUACAGAUGCUGAUGUCCAAUCAUCAGAUGUGAGAGGCACAAUUCAAAGAAUUCACUUCACGAUAUCUGGAGUUGUCAACCCGUUGUAUACUCCUGGCGAGAUUCCCGGUGCGCUGCAACAGCGCAAAGUACAAUUUGGAAUCCAGAUUUUUGAUGCAACAGACGAAUUGCGUGGAACUACAAAAGUUCCCAGUUACAAGAUGAAAUUUUAUAACAAUCGUAUCAACGAUCCACAGUUGAACCGAAUGACGCAUUAUUGGUUCAGCAGAACCGGAAAUACUGCUGUGAUUCUGACGAGGAACAAAUUGUCCUAUGUGAAUCUAUCUUUGUCAACACCUCUCUCCUCACAGCUAACCUCUGCUCAAGUCACGUUCAAGACUGUCACAGGUAUCCCAGUGGGCGGAAGCAUUUUCGUGAAGUUUCCAUCUACCUUCAAACUUCCUCCCUUCUCAAACGUUUUAGCAACAGUCAACGGCAUGAAAGGUGCUAACACCUCCGUUAGUGUGAAGGGAACGUCAUUUCUUCGGGACAGCACAAGCAUCCUCUUGUACAGAAUUCAAAACGCCAUUGGCCGCAAGCAAGAGAUCACGUUGAAUAUCACAAGUGUUCUUACACCCUCUGAUACGGUAUCUGGUCCGGUACAAGUGGAGAGCUGGAAUGUAAUGAACGUGACGCUGGAUUAUGGCACGAGCAAUGAGGUUGAAUUGCGGCCUCAGUUCCUCGCAUCAGUCUAUCCCCACUGUCAGAUGCAGCAGACAUGGGAUGAGAUCAUGGAGGGAAUCAGAAGAGGAAACCAGACACACAAGAGCGGAGGACUGGGAGAUCUUAUGAUUCUCAACAAGUUCGAGGUAUGGGUAUGCAGCCUGCGAGACGCCUGUGCAAAGCACAACAUUUCAUUUUGUUACGUCUUUGACGAGCAGAAGAAGAUGUUUGUGCCAUGGGGCCUAGCGGACGAGCUCAUGCUCGUGUAG